ACGACCAGGUUCAUUUUCCGCAAAUUUUCAUCUGCUCACUCCAAAGAGACUACAUAUUGACUUUUUCUUGUCAGCAUUAAUACGCUGUGUGCGCUUACUUGACGGAAGACGUCUCUCAACUCGAUAUAUGUUUCUUCGUUACCCGGCUGAUACUCGAAUCCUGUCCCGAAACCGAAGAGAUGGGCCAACCAUCGUUCCAGGCAUCUAAUGCCAUUAUAUAUGUGACCUAUGGAGCAUUCCUUGUACUGGGAACGGCGCUCGCGUGGAAGAUGAGGAAUCAGUCAAAGGCUGACUUCCUUUCCGGAAACAGAACUCAGUCGGCUUUCCCGCUGGCCCUGAACUUUAUCGCGGCUGCCAUGGGAUCUGGCAUUUUGUUCUCGUACCCGCAAUUGGCCACAUUGGCUGGUGUACAAGGUCUACUUGUCUAUGCCCUGGCCUCAGCUCUGCCCCUGAUGGUAUUUGCUGCCCUGGGCCCAAUCAUUCGAAAGAAGUGUCCUGAGGGUUUUGUCCUUACCGAAUGGGUGAAGCAACGAUAUGGAGUGGUUACGGCUCUGUACUUGAGUGCCCUGACACUGCUCACCCUUUUCCUCUACAUGGUGUCUGAGCUUUCGGCCAUCGGACAGGUCGUCACGGCCUUGACCGGUCUGGACGGAUUGCCAGUGCUUAUUGUUGAAUGCCUUGUCACGACUGUUUACACUUCGCUUGGAGGCUUCAAAAUUUCCUUCAUUACCGACAACAUCCAAGGAGCUAUGAUUGUGGCUCUUAUAAUAAUUGCUACCAUCACUGUUGGCGUCAAGACUGAGAUUAAGCCGGAGCUGAUCGACUCCUCUGGCCUUCUUAACUCUAGCCUGAUCGGAUGGCAGCUGGUUUACAUCCUGCCCGUCGCCAUUCUCACCAACGAUUUCUUCUUGUCCAACUUCUGGCUGCGGACAUUUGCUUCCAAAACGGACAAGGACUUGUGGAUCGGCGUCUCGAUUGCCAUGGUCGUGAUUCUGAUCACCCUGACUCUCGUCGGAUGUACUGGUUUGGUUGCUGCAUGGUCAGGAGCCUACGAUCCUACCGUCGAUGAGGAUGGUUCUGUCGCUUUCUUCCUGCUCCUGGAGCAGCUACCCAACUGGGUUGUCGGCAUUGUACUUGUCAUGUCGAUCGCUCUCAGCACUGCAUCGUUUGACUCACUUCAGUCGGCUAUGGUUUCCAGUGCCUCGAACGACCUGUUCCGCAAUCGACUCAACACCUGGUGGAUCCGCGGCGCUGUGGUAUUGAUCAUUGUUCCUGUCGUCAUCUUGGCCUUGAAAGCUCCCAGCAUCCUGCAGAUCUACCUCAUCUCCGAUCUGCUCUCAGCCGCCACUAUUCCAGUCCUGAUGCUAGGUCUCAGUGACAGGUUCUACUGGUGGCGCGGUUUCGAGGUGCUUGUUGGUGGUCUCGGCGGUAUACUGACUGUGUUCAUAUUUGGAGCAAUCUACUACGACAGUGCGCAGCAGGGUGCCGAGCUCAUUCUUCUCGAGCAGGGUCUCUACACGGGCGACUGGGGUGCCUUUGGCGCCUUCGUCGCCGCGCCCGUCGGCGGUCUACUCUGGGGGUUUGGUGCCCUAGGUCUGCGACUAGCCUUCCACCUUGUCCGGGCCAAGAUGACGGGCCGACGCUUCGACGCACUUGAUCGCCCGUUCCCGGGGCCCUCACACCAGAGGCACGAGGACGACGACAUGGCUGCCGUUACGAGCGAUCGGGAGACUAUCGCUAUCAACACAAAGGUCACUGGAAAGUUCUUCUAAGCGGCCCUCGUUCGCCUGUUGUGGCAUUUGAAGACCAGGCUUUUCUGACUGCGUCUCGAUCUACGGACCGCAGUCGUUGUUAAGCGUUGGUGGCGUGGGUUGAUUGGCCGGUUUGAAGGGGGCCAGAAAACAUGGGGUUGAGUUGUCGAGCACUUUGGGGAGGCUCACUGUUGGGCAUGAGGAUAACGGGUUACCGAUGUCUAGGAACUACACUGCAAGCAUCCUGUGUGGUUUGCAAGGAUACUCUGGGCGUUUGUGGCAUGUUGUUUAUAAGUGUCGGUGUGGUUGUUAUGUAUAUUGAAGAAAACAAUAAAAUUGUGACCACAGGA